ACGCUACGAAAUUGACAACAGGAGGGAGUAUUGGCAGUAUGGCUAAGACCCGGAAGAGAUUGAUUCUCGCCUGCGACACGUGCCGGUCGAAAAGGACCAAAUGCGACGGGCUGAGACCCGCGUGCAAUCCCUGCCAAGCGCGCGGGCUGGAUUGCUUCUAUCAGGAGCUUCCCCCAAACCCCGCGCACAAGAUCGAAUCAGAGUUGGCCAUCGUGAACCAGCGCCUGGACUACAUUACUAGUCUGCUCGCAAAGCAACCGGGACCCGUGCAGGAUGCCCAAGACUCGGGGAAUGCGGCGCUUAGCUCCCAUGAAGAUUCUCCCUUUCGGCUGCUGGCAACCAGCUCCAUCAUGGCCGUGUUAGGACUUGAGGCUGAUUUCCCCCAGACCCUCAUCCGGCUCGAAAGAGCCAGCUAUCUCACGGGCUCGACAAACGGCGGCUCAAGGCUAUUCUUCGUCCCCCAUCAGCAGGCCAUGAGCGCGCUAGCCGCUUUUUCAGAGCGCAUCCAUAUCUAUUAUCCUAUGCUCCCACCCAACUUCUCGGAGGAGUACUUCCGGGUCCUGUCAGAGCCUUUCACCCCAUCGUGCAAGUCAUGUUUGGUUCUUCUGGUGGCUGCCAUCGGCAGUGUGGCCCAUGAUCCCACAUCAGGCCGCGAGAACUCAUUCUUUACAGCUGCUCUCUCAUUACUGCCGCCGGUUGUUGCGGAAUGCUCUCUAGCGGCUGUUCAAUGCCUGAUUUUCCUGAGCAUCUAUUACGCUUGCCUUCUCAAACCCUGCCAGGCUCAUGAUUACUGUCUGGUGGCGUCGUUUAAGGUGCAGAACCUCUUUAAAAGUGGUUUACAAGGUACAGACCCCGAUAUGCUCGAGUUAACCUACCGAGCGUACUGGGCGAUUCUGUUACUGGAGAGUGAACUGAGCGUCCAGCUCGAUGUUGCCAAAAGCAACAUCUGGAAACUUGAUUACUAUGUUCCGCUUCCGAACUGUCUUCAUACAUGGCAAUUCCCUUCCGAAGAAAUGUCCACCAGUCCAGCUAGCCAUUCCCCCGCAAGCGCCCAUUCAGCUGGCAGCACCAGGCCAGACCAGGCACAGUCAUUCUUUCUAGCCGAGAUAGCGAUGCGGCGAAUGCUGCACCGGUGUAACUCCGCGGUGACGCUAACUUCAACAGGUCAGUCAGCCUAUGCACCAGGAGUUGCCAUGGAACUGGAACGCCAAUUAGACGAAUGGUAUGAUUAUCUGCCGGAUAGCAUUCGCUUCCCCAGAGACUCUAGCCAACAUUGCACAAAUCACAUUCGAUCACUAUCAAACUUCCUCCGUGUCCAGUACUACUGCUGCAAGUUGUCCAUCUACUGGCCGGCUGUUUACCAGGCAAUGCAGGAUGGUGUAGCCGAAAGCCAACUGCUCAAUCACUGUCAGCGAUUCUUUGAUUCCUACAUCCAACUGAUGCCGAGCAUCAUAUUUGCCUUCCAGGACUGUCUAAUUCACAAAUGGACGCUUUUUCUCAGCGUAUUCAUUACCACGAUGGUGGUUUUGAAAGCAGCACAAACUCCUUGCCUGGCCAAUAUCAGUCUCGACCUGCUUCCCGAGUGUCUUUCCUCGGUCGCGACAGCUGGCUGUGGUGCAGAAAUCAAUAGUCCUUCCUUGAUAAUCCUGCAGCAGACGUUGAAUAAACGGCUUCUAGAGGCUAAGAAUCAAACCUACGGUCUGGAAAAUACGGUGUAGUAUAUUUGGUGUGCCAAGUCAUGGAGUUUUGAAAGAACCAACGGAUUUUACUCCAAAAACAAGAGGCAUUCCCGUCUGAACCCCAGUUUCAGGAUCCGCAAGUAAUUCUGAAGCCGUACAACUCAUGUGUUAUUUCUGGAUCUCUUGGAGUAAAAAUAAUUAGCGUAGGAAUAUUAAGUCACUUCUUUGUAUUUAUUUAGAGAAAACGUCCUGAGAUUGGUUGUUUCUCUACUUGUUCUCUACUUGUUGUUCUCUACUUUGUUGAUUACUUGUCAAACCACGUCAACUUCACUGCCAUGUUUGGAACUUUGCAUCCUCCCAGAUUACUUUAUUAAUUCAAC